AGUUUACGAUGGUAUUUACGGAUCCACGCUUGUGGUUAAACCGAUGCCAACAUAUGAAAUUAAACAUGGGAUCCUCAUCCAAACACUGCCACGGUAUGAUGACUGCGAGGAUUCUGCCUUCAAGUAUACGUGGAAUGGUUCCCAUUUCCUGAUUGGUCCAGCGUUAACUAGCUACACGGGAGAGUAUGUUAUGAGAUUGCAAAACAACUCAAAUAUUUGGGAAAAUCGAUCUCUUUCGAUCAUUAUAAAAACAAUGCCACAUGUCAAGUCACGGAACGUUAUUAUUGAUCAAGGAGAUUCAAUAAAUUUGACCUGUACCUACCGGAGUAACUGCAAACUUGAAGCAAUGUGGACAAAAAGUAUAGAUAAUCCUAAUAGCCUGCGUCCAACUGAAGAGAAAAUAUUGGCGAACAACACCAAAUCCCUAAUGUACAUUCUUAUUGACGCUGAAAAGUACUUUGCUGGACGAUAUUCGUGCCUUUUAGAACUUCCACCACCUCUGCUUAGCUCUACGAACUUAAAUCUGGAAGUAAAAGAUUGGAUGGAUCUAAACGUUGAGAAAAGCAACGUUUCAAAAUGGUUUGAAGAAAAUCAAAAUGCUACAAUUCAGUUCAGUAUUUUUGGUUCUCCUCUGCCUAGUCUGACAUGUGUGGACGGAAGAAAAGGGAAAAUUGUUAUUUUCUGCUCCAAAAAGCAGAUGAAUGAAAUUAUCUACGCAGAAGAAAGUAAACCAUGCAUAUCUAAGAAUGGAAGGUACACACUCUCUUCGCAAAACCCUCAAACAGAGAAAGUUAAAUUUUCCAUUUCAAAAGUAAAUCUCGAAAGAGAUAAUGGUGUGAUUACUUGCCACCUGAAGAAUUCAAAAGAUCAACAGCAAAUGCUUCUUCUCGCCGUAAACAUUAAAGUUCUAUCUGAUGUAAAGAUAGCCAUCAAAAAUGAACAAAAUCGCAGCUUUAUACAUUGCGUUGUUAGAAGCAAUCCACCACCGGAGUUCUCUUGGGAAAAAUGCGGCAUCGACAACACAACAAGAUGUGAACCCAUAAAGAAGAUGUUUGUGGCAAAGAAGAGAGUUGGUAAUCAAUCUCAUACAUACAUGAGUAGUAUACUGCUUGAUACAACCCACGACCACAUCACUCAUUGUAUCGCAAAGAACUCAUUCUGGAGUAGAAAAAUACCGUACGUCUACAGAUCUGUUGGUGAUAAUAAUGAAGUUCCAACUGUCGACCACAAAAGCAACAAGAAUAAUAUGUUCAUUGCUAUUGGCUGUGUUUUAUUAUUACUGUCCUUCGUGGUUGUCACUUCAUUGGUCCUCUACGUGAGGGAACGCACUCGAAAGAGAACGUACAAAAGAUUUUUCUUGGAAGGCAAUAACUAUACGAUUGAUCCAAUGAAGACGCUAAACGAACAAAUGCACGAUCUUUCUUAUGAUGAAGAUUGGGAAUUUCCUUACAUGUAUCUGAAGUUCAAUGAACUUAUUGGUUGUGGAGCAUUUGGGAAGACAUGUGAAAGCUUAGCCGGGGGUAGAGUAAAUUGCCACCGUGCCUCUAAAAAAAUAUCGUGGAAGUUAGAGUAA